AGCAGCAAAGGGAUGUGACGUAGGACUGAGCGGAAGCUUGACCAGGGAGAGCGAACCGGAUGUUUUGAUGAUGUUCUGGACUUUCAGCUCGUCGGUCUUCGUUCAGAUAUCAUCUCUGCGUCGUUGUUUAGGAGGACUUGUGGUUUCUACCCGGACUUAUUAAAAUAAAAUAAUAAAAGUAGUUUAGCUUCUAUCGCUGGCUAACGCGUUAGCUUCCAUUAGCAAAGUGGACACUGGUGCCGGGAGGCUAGCCCAGCUAGCAGCUCAGCUCAUGGUUCCGGCCCGGAGGUUCUGGAGUCAGUAGAGCAGAGAGACGAGCUUCCACUGAGUUCUGGAUCUGUACUGGACCUUCCUGCUGGUUCUGGUUCCGGUGGACCGAGAGACGAGCGAAGGAGCUCCGAACAUCCUCCAUCUUCUCCCAGCUGGACCCAAAGAACGGUGAAGACCAGAGGAGCCAGACUUUGGAAUUAUGCACACCGGCUCGAGGUUUUCAAAUAAGAAAUAAUCCAAAAAGUGUAAACAUGUCUCCAGGACCCGUCUCAGAAAGAACAGCCGCCCCUGCCUGAGUAGAAAGCAGAAACUCUGAGUAGUUCUACCUGACUCUGUCACACUCAGCAGCUUCGCUUUUAGAACAGGUAACAGGUGAUAUCAGCCAGGUAACUAAACUCAGCGUCCAAUCAACCGUUGUCCAUCAAUGAUGUGGUUUUCAUCCCAGACCUCCUGUCUCCACCUCUAGCUCUGGGUCCAGGCGUCCCAGGACAGAACCGGUCCUCCUGAGGAGCUGAUCAUCCUGCUUCCUCUCAGCUGCAGAUCAGCUGCUGCUCCAACAGACCAGAGAAGAAGGCUGAUGCCUCCACAGAGUCAAAGAAGAUGUUUAGGAGCGCCCCCUGCAGGCCAGGAGACCUUCCCCCUCCUCAGCAGGUAGUCUGAUUCCUGGAUCACUGCUACAGACCUUCUUCAGCUCCUCUCUCAGCUUUUAACGGUGCUGCAGAUUUGCCACAACGUCAUGUCUGCUAUUAAGCAAGAUGUUCUUGCUGUUCAGUUUAUCCUCGACCAAAAAGAGAUCUCUGCUCUGGACCAAAAUGAUACAGAAUCUCUGAAAAUCAACGGAGGAGCAGAGGAACCAGAACCUACACGAGUAAAAGGGGAGGAAUAUGGAUCAGAACCUCUGCAGAUUUUGAUGAAAGAAGACCAGAAAGUACUGAAGCAAGAGACUGAUACCUUAACGGGAACAGUUUCUGCAUCUCUAGAAAUCAAAGAAGAACCAGAGGAACUAGAACUGAACCAUAUGAAGGAAGAUUAUUGUGAUUUAGAACCUAAAUGGAUGGUAAAGAUUGAGGUUGAAGGCAUCAGUCAGGAUGAAAACCAGGAUGUACUAAAGCAGGAAACUGAUACAACAAUAGAAACAGAUUCUGGAUCACUUGGAAUAAAAGAGGAACCAGAAGAACUAGAACUCAAACAAGUAAAGGAAGAGGAGCAUGGAGACCAGGAUGUACUGAAGCAGGAGACUGAUACCUUGACCCUGACAGCUUCUGAUAAGACAGACCAUCAACAUCCUGAACUAAAUGGAAACCAAUUCAUCUUUCAGAACGUCCCCAAAGCAGAGCAUCAGGAAAUAAAGACUCACGAAGCCUCAGAGUCCAGCAGAGAUGAACUUCAACAGAAUAGAAGUAGAUGUCAAGGUGACAAUGUGAAGAAAGGGAAUAAGGACAGAAAAAUUCACAAGCGUAAAAAAUGUAAACAGUGUGAAGUAUGUAGUAAAAGUUUCAAAUUCACUUGUGAGUUAACAGCUCAUAUGAGAACUCACACAGGUGAGAAGCCUUUCUCAUGUGUGACCUGUGGCAAGAGUUUUAGUCGAAGUAGUCACUUAUCUACUCACCUGAGGGCUCAUACAGGAGAGAAACCAUACUCCUGUAUGGGCUGUGGGAAGAGUUUUAGUCAUAGAAGUAACUUCUCUGCUCAUCUAAGAGCACAUACAGGUGAGAAGCCUUUUUCAUGUACUAUCUGUGGAAAAGAUUUUAAUCAGAAAAGUAAUUUGAAUACUCAUAUGAGAACUCAUACAGAAGACAGACCGUUCUCAUGCUUAACCUGUGGGAAAGGGUUCAGAAAUAAAUGUCACCUAAAUAGCCACAUGAGAAGUCACACAGGAGAGAAGCCUUUCUCGUGUAAGACCUGUGGACAAGUUUACAGUCAUAAAUGUCAUUUGAAUAGACACAUGAGAAGUCAUACAGGAGAGAGGCCUUUCCCAUGUACAACCUGUGGAAAACGUUUCCUUCAUAAAAGUAGCUUGACUAAGCAUGUUAGAACUCACACAAAAUAGAAAUUGUUCUCAUGUAAAGCAGGCAACGGGUCACCAUGACCCAUAGAAACGUGUUUUUUACUUCAAAGCUAUGUAGUUCCUACUGUAGACUUCUUUUUCAAAAACUCUUGUUUCAAGACGGUCGUCUAGGCCCUCCUCCUUUUAUUAACACCUCCUUUUACCUACUGUGUUGAUCCAUAAUUUCUCCAGAGCUAUUCUUAUUCACUAUAGCUCAUUUCUCCAAACCCUCCCUCCUGCUGUUUUGAAGUAUGUUGCUCGAACCGCUCAGUUUAGACGCUCACUGCGACAUGUGGAGACUGUAGCCAGUGAAAUUACCAUUAUGUGGAUGUAUCGCUUAUGGGGCAGGACAUUUAAAACUCCAUAGCACCAGCAUGCAUAAUGCUGCUGGUUGCUGUGCACUCUGCGCAUCCUUGUGUGAAAAAGCCAGCUUUUGGUGUUAGACGUACCUUUUCUCCAGGAAAAAUGUGUGAAAAGACCUAAAUAGCAACAGAAGAAGCGUUGGAGUUUGUCACAGGAGUGACAAUGUUUUUUCUGAUUACAUAUCAGAAACGUUUUGGAGAGCGCCUAGACAUACCUACAGAACAAUCAAUUCAAUAAAUUUUUAUUUAUAUAGCGCCAAUUCAUGAAACAUGUCAUUUCGAGACACUUUACAAAGUCAAAUUC